UUAACUCUGUAAACUACAGCGACAUAUACUUAGUUCAUAUUCAUCCAGCUCGGCACAUUCGGUAAAAAAGUAGCUAGGAGGUCCAUGAAAGAAAUAGGUUCACCCGGCUUCUCACACCAAUGCCUCUCAUGUGGAAACAAAAUCACCUUUGAACCAGGAAGUACACACGUUGGACUUCCCAGGUCGCCGAAACAAAUCAGCGUGGCCAACAGUGGAGUUAGCUAAUGUGUGAUUAUUUCGUUACUUGUUAUGGUCCAGUACGUAUGGACAAAUGAAUUUACGACUACAUAACACAAAAACAAAAGUCGUACGAUGUCCAAGAGGCAGAACUGGGCUGGUUUUAAACUAAUUUGUGUUUUAAUUGAUGUACACCAACACAUCCAGUGCUUCUACUACACAUUGUGUUUGACAGUAUAAGGCCGACUGGAGCACUUAGAACCUUAGAAGGCUUGUAAAUUGAGUGUACAGGAAGUUGAAAGGCCACUGUCAAAGAUGUCGGGGCUAAUGUUGCAUAUUGAUACCACUGAUACUAGUGAGGCUGGUGGGGGUAGUAAAAAGCCAGCUGCAAACCUCAAGCACAAACGCUUCCUCAAGAGCCGACAAUUCCUUGAAAGAAAAGGCUAUCUGAAUGACAAACAAAACAAGCCCCGGCAAAAACACAGACCAUGCCCGAAUGGCAGAUUCCAACACCAGCAGCACCCAGGAUCGAAGCCUUUCCAGAGCUCUGGCAAGCAAGCGCCGGCAGUUAGCAGAUCUGUCCACGCAAAGUUUAGCCCACAUCACCAAGAAGGCGCAAGUUCCUCCACCACCUCAGCCCAUACUCACCUACAACCCUGCCUCAGUACCAGUCAAGACGGACAACAUAUGGCCCCCACUACAGCGAAUCCCAGCUCGUCCUUUUCUCAGGGAAGAACAGUUACAGCCACCUCGGAGAGCAUCAUCAUUACGCAGGCUGUCUUGGGGAGUGCGCCCCCCUGUGGUAACCCACUGAAAUACUUGGCCAUAGACUGUGAGAUGGUGGGCACAGGGCCAAAGGGCAAAAACAGUGAGUUGGCCCGCUGCAGUAUCGUGUCCUGUGAUGGGGACGUUGUCUAUGACAACUUCAUCAAGCCCCUUAAUCCGGUUACGGAUCUGAGAACCCGCUGGAGUGGAAUCCGUUGGCAAAACCUACGGAAUGCCUCACCAUUUUCCGAAGCAAGAAAAGAGAUUUUGAAGAUCGUCUCAGGCAAGGUGUUGGUUGGCCAUGCAAUCCACAACGACCUCAAGGCCCUGAAGUACAGUCACCCAGCAGCGUUGACACGGGACACCUCUCGCAUUCCUCUCCUGAACAAGAGAGCAGGCAUACCGGAGACAGAGAUUGUCUCAUUAAAGAGACUCACCAAGGCUCUUUUCAACCGGGACAUUCAGAUGGGGCGGAAUGGGCAUUCCUCCGUGGAAGAUGCGAAGGCCACCAUGGACUUGUGGAGAAUUGUGGAAGUGGACUGGGAGAAAGCAUUAACAUCCAAACCGCUUCCUCAGUGAUACACUGCGCUGUGAACCUAAUGGCCUAUGUCUACAUAUUUAAUAUGAAGACUUUUUAGCAUUCAACAUUUUCUUUGAAUGCGCAAUUUUCUUGGAAGUCACAGUGCCUCCCUGACAAAAUGUUAUGAUAUGGUUAAUGUUGCCACAAGGGGGCAGUAACAGUUCAACUUCAGGUUUUAGGGAAAUGGGAAUGUUAAAAAUGAAGAUCCUCCUACAAAGACCAGAAUCAUAUCUGUGUUGGUGCUUAAUAUACACAAUUCCUUGAAAAAAGUAAAAUAUGAUUUUAUACUUCCUA